AUGAUACGGACAGGGAAUAAAGAGAAACCAACAGUGGUCAUAUCAUUAGGUAGUCGACUUGCAAAAGUAGGAAUUGCCGGUGAAGAUAAGCCCAUUGUUGUACCUUAUUCGUUUAGUCCAGUAGAUUCCAUGCAUGAAGACUUAACCUAUGAAUUUAGUGAUAGUCAUGCAUUAACUACUGGACAAAAGUCAGAAUUGAAAGCUAAUGCCAAGCUACACGAAUACAAUGGUACUAAAAUGUACGAUAUAUAUAGAAAUAUGAUGCUGAAAUGUUUAAUGUUACAAGGAGAAAUUGGGGGAAUUAAUGAAUAUAGAGAUAAUGCAUUGCACAAAUUAUUCCUAGAUAUCUUUCUUAAUAAGUUAAGAAUUGAUUCAGCAUUAUAUAAGGUUUUACUAAUAGAUUCAGAUUUAUCUAUUGUGGACAAAUACAAGAUUUCCAAAUUACUACUAACAUGUUUCCAAUUUCAAUCUAUUAGAUUUAUAUCAGAACCAUCGAUGUCCAUGAUAGCUGCAGGACAAAAUCAUGGAUUGGUUUUAGAUUUCGGAUGGGAUGCUUUAAGAAUCCAUCCUAUGUACGAGAUGAUAGAGGUUUCUAAUAAUAAUAGUUUGGAAUAUUAUGAGUAUAGUGGGAAGAAUUUAUAUUUAAAUACUGCCAAAUUAUUAAUUUCAUUAAAAAAUCCAAAAGUUGAUGAGUUACUACGGAACAAAAAUGAAAUUGAUUUCAUAGAGAAGUUAAUAGUUGAUUACUUCUUCGUUAGACCAUUAGAAUAUAAUGUUUCUAGAGAUUUAUUUGAAAUAGCAGAUAGAAUCCAGGUUCCUAAUUCUAUACGAUAUGAAGUUGUUGAACAGUUAUUUUUCCAUGAAGAUAUUUUAAAUAAAAUAAAAACUAGUAUUGAUAAACUAGAUAUUCAUAUAAGAAAGGAAGUUAUUGAGAAUCUAAUAAUAACAGGAGGUAUAAGCAAUAUUCCCGGUUUCAAAUUACGAUUGUUGCAAGAAUUGAAAAAAUUAUUUCCUCAGUAUGAUCUUACUGCCAAAACAUGUUUAGAUUCAUGGACAGGGGGUAGUAUAUAUUCUUCAACCAAACUACAGGAUGAGAAUAAUGUAAAUGAGAUCACUAAAAGUCAUAUCAGUACAUUGAGUUCAUCUUCUGAUAUAAAAUUAUCAGCAUUUCCAGAUAUCAUAAAUAAUAUUUAUCAAACCAAAGUAAAUUAA